AUGGACGUGCAGGUGCGGCGGAGCUUCGUGAUACCCGCGCCGGCGUCGGAGCCAUCGACGGAGGUGCCGCUGACGGUGUUCGACCUCGUGGCGCCCACCUACCACGUCACGGUGCUGUUCGCCUAUGCCGCGCCCAACCCCACCAACGCGGCGCUCCUCGACGCGCUCGCCGCCACGCUCCCGCGCUUCCUGCUCCUCACCGCGCGCCUCGUCGCCGACGACGACCGCCGCCCGUUCUUCGUCUCGGGAAGGGCGGGGCGGGCGCGCUCGUGGUCGAGGCCACGGUGGCGUCCGCGCUCAGACCACCUCCCGCUCGCGCCCGCGCCGGAGCUCGCGAGCCUGCACGUGCCGGUCGGCGGCGGCGGCGAUGGCGACGCGUUGUUGCCGCUGCACCUGCUCAUGCUCCAGAUCAACCGCUUCGCGUGCGGGGCCUCGUCAUCGCCUCGUCCGCGCACCACCAGGCCGCCGACGGCUACCCAUGUCCACCUUCUUCCACGAGUGGGCCGACGCCGUCCGCGCCAGCAACAACGGCGCGCUACUACUACUAAGCCACCACUCGACUACGUCGGCGGCGGUCUGCUACCACCGGCGCCGUACGGGCCGAGCGCCAUCGUGCCGCGCCGCCCGCCGCGGUGCGAGUUCGAGCACCGCGGCACCGAGUUCCUGCGCCCGAGGACGCCGCCGCCGGCAGGCCCGCGCCGGUCCGGGUGGACCCUUCGGAGAUCGCCAACGUGCUGCUGCACCUCCCGAGCGAGUUCGUGGCGGCGCUCAAGGAGAACGCCACCGCGCCGCAGAUGA